CGAAGACUCGGAUGAAGCAAUGCCAAGUGUACUGCCUCCCUCAGUUGUGCUCUGGACGUGUCAAGGCGGGGAGUCAUUAAGCGUGUGUACUGCGGCGUCCUUUGCAGUGUUGCUCUGUUACAAUCAGAGGGAGGUGUUCGACGCGCUCUUCUUCACCACCUGGUUCUGCACGGCCUGGACGAGGCCUCGCCUGUCAUCCCUGCUUCGCGAGGGACAAGGACUCACUCAAGGUCUCCCUCAAAACCAUCGCGCAGAAUUUCAGGGACCGCGGCGUCACUUUCACCAUUCGCCCUGCGCCCGCUGACGUGACGAGUCCCCGGUUGUGUUACGGCGGUGAAGCGGUGUUGCGUCUGUCCCUGGCGGGCAUGUUGUGGUGGACUGCGGUGUGGAGGGAGAGGUGGAUGUGAGUAUGGCCUGGUGGUGGAUAGGGAGGAGUGGAUAGUGGAAGAGAGAUGUGGAGAGUAGGAUGGUGGAAGGGGGAGGUGGAGGUGGCUAUGGCGGACGUGACUGGGUUGAGGUGGUGGUUGUGGUGGUGUUUGGUAUGGUUGGAAUGGUUGUAGAGGGUGUUGGUAGUGGUGGUGAACGUGACUGGCUUAUGUUAAAGGUGGUUGUGGUUGUUGGGGAUGGUGGUGGUUGUGUGACAGUGGUGGGUGCAGCGGACGCAACGGUGUUGUGGUUGUUGGGUGUGGUUGAGGAUUGCCAUGGUGGUGGUGGUGGAGGUGGUAGGUGGCGGUGGUCGUAGUCGGAGCGGGCUAAGUGGUGGUGGUGGUGGUGGUGUAAAAAGGUGUUUAUCGGACGGAGUGGAAGUGGUGGUAGUGGCGGUGAUACGAUUAUCAGGGAUGAGAGAGAGAGAGAGAGAGAGAGAGAGAGAGAGAGAGAGAGAGAGAGUGUGUGUGUGUGUGUGUGUGUGUGUGUGUGUGUGUUUGUACUCCUAUAAUCAAUAAAUUGCAGUCACUCGUUCGCUUGUUUCACCUCCCUGUUUCAGGCCUUCUCUCCCCUUCCCUCCCUCCCUGCUCCCUUCCUAGCCUGCCCGCCACCCUCUCCCCGCUUUUCCCUGCCUGUCCUCCCCUGCUCCUCGUGUCCCAGAUAAAUAUUUAUCUUUCCAAGGGUUGAGGAGAACAUGGUCGUGGUUCAAGUGAAGCCACUACAGCCACUCCCUGACAAGCCUUCCACACUGACAGAAGUGGCAGCACACACACAAGAGACGAUGGUGUGGUGGACAAGAGGAUGCAGGGAGACGGCAGACAGAAUGGAAGCUACAGAUGAAAGAAGAGCAGGUCAAGCCAUGGCAGCAGACAGACACACAGACAGACAGAUUGGAUAAGAAAGAAGUAUUAUUUAGUGAGACAGGGCCACUGGAAGCUGUCAGAGUGCUGUGGCACGUGGCAAGAACCAAGUGUUCAGGAGCACACACUGUCCCUUCACCAGUCAGCAGGUCUGGGCGGCUUGGAAGUCUCACUACAAACUGAAGACCCGUUCACUUGAAGGACACAUUUGGAGUCGGACACAAGAUCCAAGAGGGAGUCAUUUUAAACGAGAGCUUCAGGCAGAAAAUUCGAGUGGAUUUUCAACUCUAAAAAUAACUUAUUUUUUUGGAUAUUUUGAACCUUCUUUAUCUUUAAAAAUAACUCCAGAUAUUAUGACUCUAGCUGGAAGUUGACCUGAGCAAUGUAGGGUUUGCUGCAGUGAGAUUACCAAGGCACGAGUGUCUGGGAUUUAAAGAUGAUGGAUAUGUGUCCUGUGUGCUGCUGUGCUGGGAGGAGAGGAGCAGCAGCAGUCGUGGGGCUCUGCUGCUGCUGUCACUGGUGCAGCUGUUCACUCCUGCAGCUACCUUCCCUCAACAUACUGUGUCUUCCCUCACCUGCAAUGAACAACUAUGAACAAUACUUCUCCUGCGAUGAGAAACAGUGAAUAACACCUCUCUCUCUCUCUCUCUCUCUCUCUCUCUCUCUCUCUCUCUCUCUCUCUCUCUCUCUCUCUCUCUCCACAGCCCCACAGUAUGUCCCCCACAGUAUGUUUACAAACCCACAGUGACUCUCCACAGCCCCUCACCAACAAUUGUCUCCUACACACACACACACACACACACACACACACAAAUGUUAGAAUCUUGUAGUGUCUACAAUAAGGAAUGGAACCAAAAUCGACAAGCCAAAUUUUCUUCCAGCCUGCGUGAAUGUAGUGAGGCUCAAUGUGUGUGUACAAGUGAAGAGUAUAUAUUAGAUGCUUGACUCAAAAAUAUGAGGCUUACACAAAAAUACAGGACACAACUUGAGUGUGGUGAGUCAAAAUGCUCAACUUUGAAUUAACUUUCAACAAAAAUUAACUAAAUAAACACACUAUAAAAAAAAAAAAUCUCAUCAAUUAACACUGAAAAAAAAUAUAUAUACACCAACGCAAAAUAAAUAAAUAAAUGAAGACUAAAUAAAGCAAAAUAAUCUGAACGCUAACACACAAACCAACAUAGUCGUAUAUUUUUAAACACUACGGUGAAGAAAGAUAAUGAAGCUUUAACAUUGAGAGAGAAUGAGAGAGAAAUUUGUGGUUUUCCUAAAUUCUCUCUCUCUCUCUCUCUCUCUCUCUCUCUCUCAUACACAAACAAUAAAAAACAAAAAAAAAUAAGUAAGUAAAGUAAAGUAAGUAAGUAAAAAUACAAGCAAAUAAUAAUAGCUAUCCACACCAAUCCACACACACCAAGCCAUCCCAAUCCAGCCAAUCACGAGGCAGCAGCAGACACACCGAGAGGAUUGGGAGAAAAAAAAAAAAGGGGGGAAAAAUGAAAAAAAAAAUGAUAAGGAGGAGAAUAAAAAAAAAAGCGAAACAAGAGAAAAAUGAGAAAAAUAAAGGGAAAAAAAUACGAAUAAAAUCAAAAGGAAAAAAUGAGGGAAGAGAAAAAAUGGGGUGAGGAGGAGAACACUUAGGAAAAUAAACCAAACAAUAGGGCAUUACAUUGUGAUUAGGCACAGCAGGGAUGGAUCAUGAGAGAGAGAGAGAAAGAGAGAGAGAGAGAGAGAGAGAUCUGGUCAGGAAUUUAAUUUCACUUCACGGUAGUUAACUGCGUCACGAGGUAGGCAAUGAGAUGCCAGUAGCGGACGCAGCAAGCCAGUCAGUCGACAGCGCGCGCUCGUCCAGUUCACACCUCUCCUCCGCUCACGACCUACCGUUCACCACCCGCCACCUGGGUUGUUCUAGGCGGGAGCCGCGGUGUGUUUGCUGCAGUUUUACUUGGCUUCAUCUUCAUUGGUUCGUGUCCAGCCAUGGCGGACCGAGGCCUCAGUCGGGCAGGAACCCCCAAGCCCAGCCAGGACACGCCACGGCGUGCAUCCAAGCCCAGCCAGGACACGCCACGGCGUGCACCCCAGCCCAGCCAGGACACGCCACGGCGUGCUUCCCAGGCCAGCCAGGACACGCCAAGGCGUGCUUCCUCCUCCUCAUCUGUCUCACGGGACAGUUCACGGCCCAGGCGUGAUGAUGAUGACCGGUUAAGGAAGGACAAUAAGAGGACUGCUGUUGGUUUUGAUGGGUCGUCCGUCAAGCGUCUUUGUGCUUCCAAACCACAACAACCGUCCGGCAGUCAACAACCGUCUGGCAGUCAACAACCGUCCGGCAAUCAACAACCGCCUGGCAGUCUACAAUCAUUCGUCAGUCAACCCUGUUCGGACGAGGAUCCUUCUGCUUCAGACAAGAAAUUUGAUAUUCUCACCAAUCUGUUGAGUGGUUUAGUUGAAAAACUAGACAACCGCAUUACACGCAGUGCUUCGCCUUCACCGGUAGAUUAUGGUGGCUGUCAUGAAUUGUCCCCUUCUGAUAAUGAGGACGGUGAAGAGUCUGAGAGAGAUGAUCCAGACCCCCUAGAUGGAUUAGACACUAUCUCCCCCUCUUUUUCCGGUAGCCAACCCGCUACCUCUGGUGAUGACGCAGACUUCCUCCAAGCGUUGAGUGAAUUGUCUGACAAUUUUUUGGGCGAGGAAGCAAAAGGUGAACCAAUUUCUGAUUCACUUGCAUCAAUAGUCAAUGCCAGCCUGAGGCGUCGUCCUGUGGCCGACAUUGUAAAAUCAACCACUAAUAGGAUUAAAAUACCCAGCAAUGUGCCCAAUAUGAAAGUUCCAGAGACUAACCCUCCCAUUGUCAAAGCAAUGAAUACGGGAGGUAAACUUGUGGAUGCUCGACUAACCCAUAUUAAUGGACUGUUACUGAAAGCGCUUGUUCCCAUUACUCAGUGCGUUAGUGACGUGGGGGAAAGGAAAGGGAAGGCAGUGAAUUUUUACCUGGAAGGUUUAAAUGAUUGCCUUAGGCUACUAAUCUCCGCCUUCAAUUACACCAACCAGUUACGAAAGGAGGUGGCACGUGUUCACGUCAAUGACACUGCUCUUGCAGAACUCUGUAAAUGGGAGUGUGAAGUCGGUACUGACAAACUCUUCCCUUUCGACAUUGUGAAGAAAUGUGAUGAAAUGCAUAGAACCAAGAAGCUGGGAAGGCCGUCCUUCCGCCCCUACAAGACCUCCAGAGGGAAGAGCUUAUCCUUCGGUAGACAGGACCACAGGAGACCUUACAGCUCACGAGCCCGGUCAAAGCUUCCUUCAAGGCCUUUUUUAGGCCUGCGGCAGUCUUACGGGAGGAGGACGCAGCCAUACAAACUUCCCCAGUAACGCCUCCCACAGUGCCUCCCACAGUAAGUCGCUGUACCUUACCUUGCUGCACCUUGAUUAACACGCCAGAUAACUUUGUGGCGGGUAAGACCUUCCUUUUUAGGCACAGUUGGCAGGUUUUUUCCAGGGACAAAUGGAUUCAUGAUGUGGUGCGGGGUAAAUUGUUAGAGUUUGAUGUUGUUCCUGUACAGUCUGAAUUCCCCAGACCUCUCACCCUAUCCAUUACUGACAGGGAAGCCCUGGAUAAUGCUAUGCUAACUUUCAUACAACAGAAAGUGGUUGAGAGAUGUUCCCAUAUAUCAGACCUUGGUUUUUACUCAAAUGUUUUCCCUACGAGAAAAAAGGAUGGCACGGCUAGGGUUAUUCUCAAUUUAAAGAACUAAAUGACUUUGUGAAACAUGUUCAUUUCAAAAUGAGUUCAAUUAAGGAGGUACUUAGUUUACUUCAGGAAAAUUGUUUUUUCAUGACUAUUGACUUCAAGGAUGCAUAUUUUUCUGUUCGUAUUCAGCCUGAGGAUAGGAAAUGGCUGCGCUUUAUGUGGAAUAACCAAUCUUUCCAGUUUACCUGUCUUCCUCAGGGGCUUACAUCUGCACCACGCAUUUUCACUAAAUUACUUAAACCUAUCCUUUCUCACCUCAGGAAACUUGGGAUAUUGAUUGUCUGUUACAUUGAUGACUGCAUUCUCAUGGCUUCUUCAGCUCAAGAGUUGGAAGACAAUGCUAUGUAUGCCUUGCAGAUGUUUGACUCUGUAGGUUUAACAGUCAAUGUCAAAAAGUCUGUUUUGUCUCCUACUCAGGAAGUGGAGUUUUUGGGGAUAAUUCUAAAUUCUGUCACGAUGACUGCCUCUUUACCAUCACGUCGUAAAGAGAGCAUUAAAGCCCAUGGUUUGAGUUUGCUUAGAGGUGGAUCUACUCUACAUGACUUGGCUGCGUUUAUUGGUCUUGCUGUAGCCUCCGAAGCGGCGGUGAAUCUAGCCCCCCUCAGGUACAAAUACCUGGAGAUUGUUCGAAAUAAGGAACUUACUCUGAGCAAAGGUAACUACAACUCUGUUAUUUCACUUGAUAGUCAUGCUCGGGACAUAAUCCGGUGGUGGAUUGAUAACAUCGACUCUCAAACUAAAUCUCUGGUAUCCUGCCCCCCAGAUUUGGAAAUUCACACUGAUGCUUGCCUAACGGGUUGGGGGGCGAAGGUUGGCGAUGCUAGGACAGGAGGUCAUUGGGCACAUGCAGAAUUAGAUCACAUAAAUUGUCUGGAGCUUAAAGCCAUCCUUUUGAGCCUAAGAUCCCUCUGCAAACGCUGCGAACAGACUCACAUCCGUCUUCGGUCUGAUAAUUCUACCGCUAUCGCCUGUAUUAAUCGCUGUGGCAGUACUAAAUUGAGCCUUAAUACCCUGACGGAACAGAUUUUUGAUUGGGCUGCGAUGAGGGACAUCACUUUAUCUGCCGAGUAUGUCAGGGGAAUUGACAAUGUUGAAGCGGAUGCAGAGUCCAGAGUCCGGAACAUUGACACUGAAUGGAUGCUGUUACCCUGUAUUUUCAAUAGGCUGUGUGAAGUAUUCUUUUUUCCGGACAUCGACCUAUUUGCUUCACGUAUUAAUGCCCAGUUAUCUUCAUACGUUUCUUGGAAACCUGACCCUUAUGCUUCAUUUACCAAUGCGUUCACGUUUCCCUGGUCUAAUUGGAGAUGUUACGCUUUCCCUCCUUUCAGUGUCAUUGGCCGGAUGUUGGGAAAGAUCCUGGAGGACAAGGCGACAUCCCUGACUAUUCUGCCGCUCUGGCCUACCCAGGUCUGGUUCCCGAUGGCCCUCCGGUUACUGAUUGCACCUCCCCGCCUUCUUCCUCGCGCUUCCUUAACACUACCCCAGGACCCGUCGCGAGUACAUCCUCAGACCUCGAAGUUGAUAUUGUCAGCCAUGAUCCUCUCUGGCGAUCCUUUGCAUACAGAGGCCUUUCGCAGGAAGUUGCCGAAUUUCUGCUUCAAUCGUGGAGACAGAGCACGAAAUUACAAUAUGGGCCGCAUAUCAAAAGAUGGUUGUGUUUUUGUGUCGGCAGGGAAAUUAAUCCUUUUCGACCACCUGUAAGUUGUUUGUUGGAUUUCUUGUUGCAAGAAUUUAGGAAGGAGACGGGACGGAGCUACAGUUCUUUGAAUGUCGUUCGUUCUUCUAUUUCUGCCAUUGCUAAUAUAGAUUCCAAACCCGCGGGCCAGCACCCUCUAGUCUGCAGGUUUAUGAAGGCAGUUUUUCUAUUAAGGCCAUCUUUACCCCGUAACUGCUCUACGUGGGAUCCAGAUGUAGUCCUGACGCACAUAAGAUCUUUGGGGCAAAAUGAGGGCCUGUCCAUGAUUCAGUUAUCUGGGAAAUUGGUCAUGCUCAUGCUCCUGGUAUCCGGACAACGUGGCCAUACUUUACAUCUUUUGGACACUAGGGACAUGACAGUUUCUCGUUCUGAGGUUUGUUUUCGAAUAGGUGAUCUUCUGAAAACUUCCAGACCUGGUGUUCAUCUCUCUGAGCUUGUUUUUCCGGCUUAUUCUCCAGACAAAUGUUUAUGUGUAUUCACCACUAUUUGCUGUUACUUGGAAAGGACUGCAGGGAUUAGGGGCUCUAUUACCAGGUUCUUUUUAACUACUAAGGCUCCCGUGCGGUUAGCGUCACGAGACACUAUAAGACGCUGGACUAGGAAUGUCAUGAGGGAUGCAGGUAUUGAUUUAACAAUUUUCUCACCUCACUCCACCAGAUCUGCCUCCUCCAGCAAGGCAUCCCUGACUCUACCUGUCUCCACAAUCAUGGCCACUGUGGGGUGGUCGUGUGAGUCUGUUUUUGCUAAAUUCUACAGGAGGCCGUUGUCCAAGCGGACAGAUUUUGCUAGUGCAGUGUUGGGCUGAGGAGGUUUCCUUCUCUUGAUUACUUGGGUAUUUAUUAAGGUAUACACAUACAUAUAGAUUGUUGAUUUGCACAUGGAUUGCAGCCUGUUCUAUUAUUUGUGUUGAGUUUCACUUCUGUACUACCUUAUAUCGUUACUUGGGAAAUAAAUGGUUAUUCUUU